AAACUCGAAGCACGGAGCCCCGCCCUGCCGCCCGCCAGAGCCGUGAAGCAGCAGUAGCAGCAACAGCAGCUCCGCUUGCUUCGUACAGUUUUUAUCCAUGAAAACAUUCGUCUGAUCGUCGUAUUAUUCGACUAGUAAUAACUGCUCGCGGUAUACGUUGUGCCCGUCUUUGUCGGUACGGUUCACGCAGUGACGGUUAACCUUAAAAAGUAGUGGCAGUCGCGGUGUUGUCGCGAGAGAUAGUCUCGUAGUGAAACAGACUUGUUUCGGUCGUUAAGGCGUCGUCGCCGAGUGCAUUCGCUCUGUUUCUCGACAUUGUUCGAGACGGAGAGGUGUGAAAAGGAAAGUGCAUAGUCAUCGAUGUGAGAAGUCGAGGCUAGGAAGAAGGCCCGCCGCAGCAGGAGGGAGAGAGUGAGGAGCUGUUCGUGGAUACGAAAAGCUGAUAUAUCGAGUCGGAAAUUUAAGCAACCGUAGGCUCCGUUAGGGAGCUCCAGAGGUUACGUUAUUUCCAUCGGCAAUGAGUCACAUGGGAGAAAUGAACGACAAAGGAAAUGCAAUCGGGUGGACGCGAAGACCUUGAAUUAUUGUCCAAUAAUUUUGCACUAUCGUUUACUAUAACAUGCUCCGUUUGGAAAGAGAGCGAUAUCAGGGGUGGCAACGGUCUCGCUAGGAGGUAUCGAAGCUGGCGCGUGGGGCGGGAGAGUCAGCGGUGGUCUGGCUCUGGUUCCGGUGGUAGCGGCGGAAACGGAAGCCGCGACAGCAACAGAUCAGAGAGAACGACUGGGAAAGGCUGGUGCGACCCGCUGGAGAAGGAAAUUCGAUCGUCUUCUAUUUUCUACCUUUCCUAUCAUCCCUGGUGGUGGAAAAUUCGAGAGCGUCUAUCUGCCAUCGAAGAAAGCGUCGACGGCGUGACACUGGGCCCCAAUCACCUUCGAGCAAGAAGGCAUACGAAAUAGGAUUAAUCCAUUCCUGAAAAAUCACAUUUUAGGCUUUGUUGGAGGUGUACCACCUCCUCCUCGAGAAACUCCCUUUUCCACCCUUCACGGGUAGUCACGCUUAGCGCAUCAUUAGACAGGCAUCAUGAGCAGCGAGCUCGAAUCCCUACGUCAGGAAUCGGACAAGCUGAAAAAUGCCAUUCGAGAUGCCAGGAAAGCAGCUUGCGAUACGACGUUGGUUCAAGCCACGUCGGGCAUGGAGCCUAUCGGCCGGAUACAAAUGCGUACGAGACGCACACUUCGUGGUCACUUAGCCAAGAUUUAUGCCAUGCACUGGGGCAGUGACUCAAGAAACUUAGUGUCAGCGUCGCAAGAUGGAAAAUUGAUCGUUUGGGACAGUUAUACCACCAACAAAGUUCAUGCAAUCCCUUUGCGCUCCUCAUGGGUGAUGACCUGUGCGUACGCACCAUCAGGUAGUUUCGUAGCCUGCGGUGGGCUGGAUAACAUUUGUUCCAUCUAUAGUCUAAAAACUAGGGAAGGAAAUGUAAGAGUUAGCAGAGAACUCCCAGGUCACACUGGGUACUUGUCUUGCUGUCGAUUUUAUGACGACAACCAAAUUGUCACUAGUUCUGGCGAUAUGACUUGUGCCCUGUGGGAUAUAGAAACUGGUCAACAAUGUACCUCGUUUAUUGGACACACGGGUGAUGUUAUGUCCCUGUCCUUGGCUCCCGACACACGCACAUUCGUAUCUGGUGCGUGUGAUGCUAGUGCAAAGUUGUGGGACAUUCGUGAAGGAACUUGCAAACAAACUUUUCCAGGCCAUGAGAGCGACAUAAACGCUGUUACGUUCUUCCCGAAUGGAUACGCUUUCGCGACGGGUUCAGAUGAUGCAACGUGCAGACUUUUCGAUAUUAGGGCAGAUCAAGAACUGGCGAUGUACAGUCACGACAAUAUUAUCUGCGGUAUCACUAGCGUAGCGUUCAGCAAGAGCGGUAGAUUAUUGCUGGCCGGCUACGACGAUUUUAAUUGCAACGUUUAUUCCAUGAAGGCUGAACGAGCCGGAAUUCUUGCCGGUCACGAUAAUCGUGUGUCUUGCCUCGGCGUUACGGAGGAUGGUAUGGCAGUAGGGACGGGCUCAUGGGACUCAUUUUUGCGUAUUUGGAACUAACUUGGGGUUAAUCCCAAGACGUUCCUCCACAGAACCAACUACAGCCAAUCAGCAUACAGUAUAAGCAUCAAGUACCACCACUUGGCCACCGAAGUCGGCGUGUCCGUGUCCUCAACGGAGGCGAAUUAUUCGCCCGGUUCACCGGAGUUGACGUUGAUCAGAAAAUUUGGACAUCCGUUAGACAACAACAGUAAAAAAACCCACGGCAGUAGCAGCAGCAGCGGCAGCGAAUUU